UACCAGCACCGCCGUAAGUCCUUCCUCCUGCUCCCAUCGCCUCUCGUCUCACCGUAGACUUUGUUCUGGAGCCACGUCUCCUGGAUCUCCUGCUUGGUUUUUAUCUGUUAGAGAUGAGGUCCGUGAGAAACCAGCUAGCAGAUUAUAGUUGAAAAGAUCUUCCAGAAGUUUGCUAAAUUAUAUAACAAUGCUUUUGAGAAAAUCAAGAUCGAGUGCUGUUGAGAAAGCCUUGUCUCCUGAAGAACAGCGAGCAAAGAUAAAUGAAGUUCGAAGGAUUAUUGGUCCAUUGUCGGAAGCACUGCCAGACUUCUGUUCAGAUGCUUCAAUAUCAAGGUACCUCCGGUCAAGAAACUGGAAUGCAGAAAAGGCAAGUAAAAUGCUGAAAGAGACUGUGAAAUGGAGAUUGAAAUACAAGCCAGAAGCCAUUCGCUGGGAAGAUGUUGCCCAUGAAGCUGCUACUGGAAAGAUUUACCGAGCUGAUUACUCUGACAAAUAUGGAAGAUCUGUUCUUGUUAUGAGGCCUGGAUUUCAGAAUACCAACUCAGCAGAAGGGCAGAUCAGAUACUUGGUUUAUUGUAUGGAGAAUGCCAUUUUGAACUUGGCAGCAGAUCAGGAGCAGAUGGUUUGGCUCAUUGACUUUCAAGGUUGGACAAUGGCAAGUGUAUCGGUAAAGGUGACUCGUGAAACAGCCCAUGUAUUACAAGACUUCUAUCCUGAAAGGCUGGCCUAUGGAAUCCCCUAUAAUCCUCCAAGGAUCUUUGAAUCCUUCUGGAAGAUGGUAAAGCCUUUUCUGGAGCACAAGACAUACAAGAAAGUAAAGUUUGUUUAUUCUGACGAUGUCGCCAGCCAAAAGAUAAUGACCGAACUCUUUGACAUGGACAAACUUGAAUCUGCCUUUGGUGGGCAUAAUCCAGUUGGAUUUGACAUCAACAGGUAUGCUGAACGGAUGAAAGAGGAUGAUAAAAAGAUGGAUGCUUUCCUAAAUUCAAGGGGUUCCACUUUCUCCCAGCAACAACCACUUGUUUCACUUCUCCAACAGCCUGAAUCCUCUGUAUCUGAAGCACAUUCAGAAGCCUCCUCUGAGGCCUCUUCAUCGAGCGACAGUGAAUUGCCCAAGCCUGAGGGCAUCAAAAACUUGUCAGAAAAUGAGAUUAAAGGGCAAUCUGGCUGCAAGAAUGGUGUGGCUUCUGGAUCAGAGAUUCAGCAUGAUAUGAUUCGUAAGUCGGCUUAAGUAACAUGAUUGUUCCACCUUAUACGUGGGUGCGCACAUGCAACAAGACAAAAGCGUGCACACCGUUGCAUGUAAUGGAUGCUCUUGAGAAGAGGUAUACAUUUUAUAUUUCCAUCUAAUCUUUUACCAUGCCUUCUUGUGGGGCUGCACGCUGGCUAGGGCCAGCUACUUC